UCAGUACAAAAUCACAAAAUAUCUUAUCUUCUAAUCUUUUUACUGUAAAAUCUAGGGUUUUAGUUUUUUCCAUCAAUGGCUUCUGCAGAUGUUGAAUACCGUUGCUUCGUCGGAGGUCUUGCAUGGGCCACCGAUAGCGAAGCUCUCGAGAAAGCCUUCUCUCAAUAUGGAGAAAUCAUCGAUUCGAAGAUUAUCAAUGAUCGUGAAACUGGAAGAUCCAGAGGUUUUGGAUUUGUGACAUUUGCUGAUGAGAAAUCGAUGAGAGAUGCUAUUGAAGGGAUGAACGGUCAGGAUAUGGAUGGAAGGAACAUUACUGUUAAUGAGGCUCAGAGCCGUGGUAGUGGUGGUGGAGGAGGCCGUGGUGGCGGUGGAUACGGUGGUGGUGGUGGUGGAUAUGGCGGUGGUGGUCGCCGUGAGGGUGGUUACAACAGAAGCAGUGGUGGUGGAGGUGGUUAUGGAGGAGGAGGUGGUGGUGGUUAUGGUGGUGGUAGGGACCGUGGUUAUGGUGAUGAUGGUGGUUCCCGCUAUUCACGCGGUGGUGGUGGUGAUGGAGGAAGCUGGAGAAGUUAGUUAUGCAGAUGUUAAGUGUUAACUAUUAAUGCUUAGUUGGUAUAUUAGAUGUUGGGAUCUAGUAUUGUUAUGUUAUAGUUUAAUGUUUAUGUGCACCUAUGAAUGAAAAUGGUUCUCUGUACCUCUGAAUCUGGUUGUGUAUAAACGAUCGAUUGAAAGGAUAGUGAGAUAUUAGUAAUAACAACAAAUUUCUACUGACUUUUGUUAA